AUGAAGUAUACCGAUGUUCUUUUGCGUCUUGGCGCAGCCUGCCUUUCGUUCUCAUUUGCAUCCGCACAGACAAUUGCCCAGAUCAAUGGCAACAGAUUCAUCUCCCCGUACCGCAACCAGAAUGUCUACAAUGUCACGGGUCUAGUCACUGCCAUCGGCCCAAGCGGGCUGUGGAUUCGCUCUACCACCCCAGACUCGGACAUUCGCACCUCAGAGUCCGUCUAUGUUUUUGGCCGUAUCUCCACCAAUGUGACGUUGACCACAGGAGAUGUCAUUGUGCUCGAUGGGAUUGUUUCUGAGUAUCGCUCUAACUCAGCAUAUCUUUAUAUGACAGAGAUCUCUCGACCUACCAACGUCAAGGUCAUAUCCCGGGGAAAUGCGGUGAACCCGGUCAUUCUGGGGAAAAAAGAUACUGGCCCGCCCACUGAGCAGUUCACCUCACUCGACAACGGUGAUCUCUUUGGUGUACCCAACAAUGUUAGCCUUGUCUCUGUGGCGAACCCUGUGCUACAGCCAUGGGCAUAUGGCCUUGACUUCUGGGAGAGUCUGCUGGGCGAACUGGUUACUGUUGAAAGCCCUAGCGCUGUUGGCAAGCCGAAUUCAUACAACGAGACAUGGGUAGUGGGGAACUGGAGAAAGACUGGAAAGAACAAUAGAGGAGGCUUGACCUUGACUCCCGGAGAUGGCAAUCCGGAAGCCAUCGUUGUUGGUGCCCCUCUUGACGGCUCUAUUAACCCAGACGACAUCAAGCUAGGGGAUGACUUGGAAGAUAUCACCGGAGUCGUGUACCAGGAGUUCGUCGCCUACUACAUCCUUCCAUUGACGGCGCUUUCUAUCAUUGACUCAAAACAGCCCCCAUUGCCAAAUCCAAUCAACUGGAAUUCGCAGGGUAGCUGCAAGAAAAUUACGGUUGGCCAGUACAAUGUUGAGAAUCUGGCUUCAAACUCCACCACCCUGCCGGGCAUCGCUUAUCAUAUUGCCCACUAUCUCAACUCCCCGGACCUGAUGUUCUUGCAAGAAAUUCAAGACAACAGUGGUCCAACGGACGACGGCGUCGUCGCCGCGAAUGUCACGCUAGAGAUGCUCGUGACGGCCAUCAAAGACGCUGGCGGAGGGUCUUAUAAUUACCUCGACAUUGACCCCGUCAAUGACCAAGACGGCGGCCAACCUGGCGGCAACAUUCGUGUCGCCUACCUCUACAAUCCGGGUGUCCUUAACCUCAAGAAUCCCAACCCAGGCUCCUCCCUUGACGCCAAUGAAGUCCUCCCCGGCCCUUCAUUGAAAUACAACCCAGGCCGCAUCGAUCCCACAAAUCCAGCGUGGCAGGACAGUCGCAAACCACUUGCCGCACAGUGGGAAACAGUCAGAGAUAAAUCUACCCUGUUCACUGUGGUCGUGCACUUCACAUCCAAAGACGGCAGCUCCUCAAUCGAAGGCGACCCGCGCCCACCCGUCAACCUCGGCGUAAACCAGCGCACAGCCCAAGCAAAUGUGACUGGGACCUUCGUCGCUCAGAUCUUGGCUCAAGAUCCCCAGGCCGCCGUCGUCGUCGCAGGAGAUUUCAACGAAUACACAUUCGUCGAGCCGCUGGAGACGUUCACCGCGGUCUCUGGGCUCGUGAAUUUGGACGACGCUGCGGGUAUUGCGCCUACCGAGCGGUACACAUAUGUUUUUGACAUGAGCUGUGAGGAACUGGACCACAUGUUCGUGAGUCCCAAGAUUGCGGGCACCCCUGGGGAAAGGCCAGAUCUCAGGCAUGUGCAUGUGAACACGUGGGUGACAUAUGCCGAUCAGAGGUCGGAUCAUGAUCCAAGUGUGGCGAGGUUGAAUAUUUGCUAG